AUGCAAAGUUUCUCCAAACUUAAAUUCAUAAAGAACCCAACCUACAAAAAAUUCGGUCAUGCGAUAGUUUUAUCCUUAACAUUAAAUUGGCGGUCACUCGGUUUUAUGCCGAAUGCACGAAAAAUUUCAAUGUUAAAAACGCAUCAAAGUAUAAAAACAAAUUAUUGUCCAGGAUGUGGUUCAAUAUUUCAAACUGAAGAUCAGAAAAAGCCAGGUUAUUUAGUCGUUCCUUCAUCAACUCCCAAAAAACCUAAAAUUAAAACCAGUUCAAAUCAAUUAAAUAAUGAAGAGAUUGAAAAGAUUAUCAGAUUAAUGCCAGAUGAUAUAAAAAAAAAGCUCUAUCCAGCAGGGGAAAUUGUAGAUACAGAUUCAUUGGAAUCGAUGGAAGAACGAAAUGAAAAGCAAAAGGAUGAAAGGAUAUUUUGUCAUCGUUGUUAUAAUUUACUCAACUAUAAUCGUGUGACCACUGAUACGUGGCAAGAAUCAUUGACUACCGAUAAAUCAAUAUUAUCAUUUUUGAAAAAGAAGGAAGAUGCUGUAAUCGUCACAGUAGUAGAUAUUUUUGAUUUUCCAGGGUCACUUUUAGAAGACCUUGAUAUUCUAAUCGGUACGGAUAAACAAAAUAUUUUAGUUGCAAACAAGAUGGACCUCCUUCCUAAUGACGUAAAUGAAAUGCGAAUCAAACGAUGGUUAUAUGAGAAAUGCAAAAAAUUUGGUCUUACAAAUAUCAGUGACAUAUUUCUAAUAAGCGCAAAAAAAAAUUGGAAAAUUCAAGAACUAGCACAAACUAUGUCCACAAUUAGAAGUGGAUUUGACGAUAUUUAUCUUAUUGGAAAAACGAAUGUUGGAAAAUCUGAAUUAAUUAAUAGUUUCUUAAGAUGUUUGAUAGUUGAUGGGUGGCGACAUAAAGUAACAUCAUCACCAAUACCAGGUACAACCAUGGGAAUGUUAGGAUUACCGUUGACAUUAUUCAAGGAAACUUUUGGUGUUAAUCCGAAAGGAUUUCAUUUUCCUCAAACAAGCAAACAUUUAUUUGAUACUCCAGGGAUCAUAAAUAAGAAUCAAUUGAUCAAUCUUUUGACUGAGGAAGAAUUAAAAAUUACCAUUCCCCAAAAGUAUAUUAAACCGUUAACGUUCGCCUUAACACCUGGAAAAACUGUAUUUUUGGAAGGUCUAGGACGGAUAGAUUAUGUUGAUGGGCAGAAACCGAUUCGUAUCACUGUAUUUAGUAGAUUAAAGCCUCAUCUCACAUCUAUGAGACGAGCAGACGAAAUAUGUCAAUCUAUGGCUGUAGGCGAUCAAACAUUUUUACAACCACCAAUAUUUUCAUCAAAGAGAAAGGAAUUAUUCCCGGCAAUGAUUAAAUGCAUAAAAAAUUAUGCAAUGAAAGGUACACCAGGAACAAUGAGUGUUAAAGAUGUGGUAUUUUCGGGAGUUGGAUGGAUCUCAUUUGGUGGCAUGUUCGAUAAGGCUGUUAUUGAUAUUUGGUCGCCCAAUGGAAUGGGAAUUUAUAUUAGAGAUAAACCUUUGUUACCUUUUGAAUUUAAAGGUAAGUAUGAAAGUUCUAAGCUAUAUUAG